UACAUACAUUAUAUACCUAUAUACAUAUAUAGAUACAUAUAAGUAUAUAUAUUUAUUUAUAUAUGUAUGAAAAAAGUGACACCCGUUGUUGACGCGUAGCUUCAAAGUCCAGGCUAUGAUAAUUCUAAUAGCAGAUUGAGCACACUCGUCGUCGCUUCAUGUAUAUGUCGGACAUGAAAAAUCUUGGUUCACGUUGGACUGGCCCCAACAUACCACGCACUGCCGCAGCGCGCUCACUACUGGUCGCCGCAAUUUCACCUCUACCGAAUAAUAACAAUACCGGGAGACGCAGGCAUAACGUGAGGAGUGAAAAUAAUCAAACAAGACGACGGAGUAUAAUUAUCGCAAGCGGCGAAAAAAAAGAAAGCGAGAUAACGAGGAGUUACGUGGUGCAACAGCCGCAUUUAUCCGUCCGAUCCUACAAAACUUCUUUGUACACUACUACAACCGCGCAUUCAAAAUUUAAGAAGCACUUACUUGUAGCCAACAUUUCAAUAUCUCGCUUACAACUACACUACUCUCGCCAUCGACAGUUUUAUUCUUUUUCACCUCAAACACACAGCCGUCAUUUAAGGAAGUGUUAGCACCUACCGUAAGGAAGGUGCCGUUGUCGUGCGCAGCGUAGACAAUGUCCGAGUUUUCUGACUCUAUAUCAGAAGAACGAAGUUUGUUCCGUCCGUUCACGCGGGAAUCUUUGGCUGCUAUUGAAGCUCGAAUUGCUGAAGAACUUGCCAAGCAGAAGGAGCUCGAAGCUAAGAGAGCACUAGGCGAGACCCGUUAUGACGACGAAGACGAAGAUGAGGGUCCACAGCCUGAUCCGAUGUUCGAACAAGGGGCGCCCAUUCCAGUCCGAUUGCACAACGAAUUUCCCCCCGAGCUGGCCUCGACGCCUCUUGAAGAUAUCGACAGCUUUUACCACAAUCAGCGGACGUUCGUGGUUAUCAGCAAAGGAAAGGAUAUAUUCAGAUUCUCGGCGACGAAUGCGCUGUGGAUCCUCGACCCGUUUAAUCCAAUACGACGGGUGGCCAUAUAUAUUUUGGUCCACCCACUCUUUUCCUUGUUCAUCAUCACAACUAUUUUGGUUAACUGCAUACUCAUGAUUAUGCCCACAACGCCCACCAUCGAGUCCACUGAAGUGAUAUUUACGGGAAUCUACACAUUUGAAUCCGCCGUUAAGGUGAUGGCGAGGGGUUUCAUUCUGCAGCCUUUUACCUAUCUUAGAGAUGCAUGGAAUUGGCUCGACUUCGUAGUUAUAGCUUUAGCUUAUGUGACGAUGGGCAUAGAUCUAGGCAACCUUGCCGCUCUCAGGACAUUUCGAGUCCUCCGAGCCUUGAAGACUGUCGCUAUUGUACCAGGUCUGAAAACCAUUGUCGGCGCUGUGAUAGAGUCAGUUAAAAAUUUGCGCGAUGUGAUAAUCUUAACGAUGUUCUCCCUUUCCGUCUUUGCGUUAAUGGGCCUUCAGAUUUACAUGGGGGUCCUAACGCAAAAAUGUAUUAAAAACUUUCCGAAUGAUGGCUCUUGGGGAAAUCUUACUGAUGAAAAUUGGGAAAAAUUUGUUAGUAAUAAAACCAAUUGGUAUGUCGAUGACAACGGUAAUAUGCCUUUAUGUGGUAAUUCAUCGGGUGCUGGGAUGUGUGAACCGGGUUAUACGUGUUUACAAGGUUACGGUAGCAAUCCAAAUUAUGGAUACACGAGUUUUGAUACAUUUGGAUGGGCAUUGUUGUCGGCAUUUCGUUUGAUGACCCAAGAUUAUUGGGAGAACUUGUAUCAACUGGUGCUGAGAUCGGCUGGUCCGUGGCACAUGCUCUUCUUCAUCGUUAUCAUAUUUCUUGGAUCGUUCUAUCUUGUGAAUUUGAUCCUCGCCAUUGUAGCGAUGUCAUACGACGAGCUGCAGAAGAAAGCUGAGGAAGAGGAAGCUGCCGAGGAGGAGGCGAUAAGGGAAGCUGAAGAAGCGGCCUUGGCCAAAGAACAAAAGAUAGCGGCUCAUGCGGCAGCCAGAGAAGCUGCCGCUGCGGCCGCGGCUGCUGAAUCAAUCGUUAAAUCGCCCUCAGACUUCUCUUGCCACAGUUAUGAAUUAUUUGUUGGCCAAGAGAAGGGAAAUGACGACAACAACAAAGAGCGCAUGAGCAUUAGAUCUGUCGAAUCUGUUAGCGAGUAUCGGGUCAGACAAAUCAACAACAAUCACAACGCUGCUAAUAAAGUUCGAAAAGUCAGCGCUGCAAGCCUUAGUUUACCCGGGUCGCCGUUUAAUCUCCGAAGAGGAAGCAGAGGAAGCCAUCAGUUCACGAUUCGCAAUGGCCGAGGCAGAUUCGUCGGACCACCGGGUGGUGACAGAAAGCCGCUGGUACUUUCGACGUAUCUGGAUGCCCAAGAACAUCUGCCUUACGCGGACGACUCGAAUGCCGUGACUCCGAUGUCCGAGGAGAAUGGCACGAUCGUCGUCCCGGUUUACUACGCGAGUUUGGGCUCGCGACACUCGUCUUACACCUCCCACACCUCGAGAUUAUCUUAUACGUCCCAUGGUGAUCUGCUGGGCGGUAUCGCCAAUGCCGGUAAACCCAUGACCAAGGAAAGCAGACUGAGAAGUAGAUCUGCUAGACAACCGUCAACCAAUGGGCAUCCAGAGCAAAUGCAAAAAUUACAUCAUGAUGUGGACAUGGAAGAUCCACUGGGUAAAAAUAAGCAACAAGACAACCCAUUCAUCGAGCCUUCUCAGCAGAAUGCUGUUGUUGAUAUGAAAGACGUUAUGGUUCUGAAUGACAUUAUUGAGCAAGCCGCUGGGCGGCAGAGUACAUCAUCAGAACAAGGAGACGACGACGAAGAAGGACCAACAAUAAAAGAAAAAAUACUGUCAGCAGUAAUUAGGGCGAUUGAUUUUUUGUGUGUAUGGGAUUGCUGCUGGGCAUGGUUAAAAUUCCAAGAGUGGGUUGCGCUCAUAGUAUUCGAUCCAUUUGUCGAACUUUUUAUUACUCUCUGCAUUGUAGUCAACACCUUAUUUAUGGCCCUCGACCAUCACGAUAUGGACAAAGACAUGGAGCGGGUAUUAAAAUCUGGCAACUACUUUUUUACGGCGACAUUUGGUAUCGAAGCUGGACUCAAAUUAAUAGCAAUGAGCCCGAAAUUUUAUUUUCAAGAAGGCUGGAAUAUUUUCGACUUUAUUAUCGUAGCGCUGUCACUUCUCGAGUUGGGUCUCGAGGGUGUCCAAGGUCUUUCAGUAUUACGUUCGUUUAGAUUGUUGCGAGUGUUCAAAUUAGCUAAAUCGUGGCCGACUUUAAACUUGUUGAUAUCGAUUAUGGGAAGAACAGUAGGAGCCUUGGGUAACUUAACGUUCGUGCUGUGCAUUAUAAUAUUCAUAUUUGCCGUGAUGGGUAUGCAGCUGUUUGGAAAAAAUUACACCGAUAAAGUUGAUCUUUUUCCCGACGGUACUCUGCCAAGAUGGAAUUUUACCGAUUUCAUGCACUCAUUUAUGAUUGUGUUCCGUGUGCUGUGUGGAGAAUGGAUCGAAUCGAUGUGGGACUGCAUGCUGGUCGGUGAUGUCUCGUGCAUACCAUUCUUCCUGGCUACUGUUGUAAUCGGUAACUUGGUCGUUCUCAAUCUCUUCUUGGCGUUGCUCUUGUCAAACUUCGGUUCGUCAAAUCUGUCAGCGCCGACGGCCGACAACGACACCAACAAAAUAGCCGAGGCAAUUGACCGGAUAGCAAGAUUUAUAAACUGGAUCAAGCGAAGCUGUUCAAAUCUCGUUAAGAUGUUGAGAGCCAAACUCACCAACCAGAUAUCCGAUCAGGCGCCAGGUGAGGGACCGUCCAACAGUUGGAAAGAAGAUGGAAUUGACCGGGACGGAGAUCGGGAUCUUGCAGAUGGAGAGCUGGACUGCUAUCGGGACAAGAAAAGCGCCAAAGAGUUUAACAACCAGUUGGAAGUUGCCAUCGGUGAAGGAAUGGAAUUUACCAUCCAUGGAGAUCUGAGAAAUAAAUUGAGAAAGGAAAGGUUGAGCAUGAACAAUACAAAGGCUAUCAGCAAUUCCAUUAAUCACUACGACUGCCGGCUAGACCAUGACUACAUCCAUCAUCAUGACGACGAUACUAUUAGUAACAAGUCAUAUGGAAGCCAUAAAAACCGACCAUUCAAAGACGAAAGCCAUAAAGGAAGCAUUGACUCGCUGGAUGGUGAAGAGAAAAAAGACGCGAGCAAGGAAGACCUUGAAGAAGAUCUAGAUGAUGAAGAAGACGAAGAUAAAGGCGAAGAUGAAGGAGAAAAUGGACAUAUAAUACUAGCCGAUGAAGACGUAAUCGAAGCAGACUAUCCAGCAGACUGUUGUCCUGACCAUUGCUACAAAAAAUUCCCCUUUUUGGCGGGUGAUGACGACGCUCCGUUCUGGCAGGGCUGGGCCAACUUGCGACUAAAAACCUUUCAACUUAUCGAAAACAAGUACUUCGAGACGGCUGUGAUUACUAUGAUUUUACUUAGCAGUAUGGCAUUGGCGCUUGAAGAUGUUCAUCUUCAACAGCGGCCGAUUCUUCAAGAUAUUCUUUAUUACAUGGAUCGUAUCUUCACGGUCAUCUUCUUUCUUGAAAUGUUAAUAAAGUGGUUGGCGUUAGGUUUUGCAAAAUACUUCACAAAUGCUUGGUGCUGGCUCGAUUUUAUCAUUGUCAUGCUAUCGCUGAUCAAUUUGGGGGCGGUGUGGGCUGGAGCUGAUGACAUCCCAGCGUUCCGUUCAAUGAGAACUUUGAGAGCUUUGAGGCCCUUGAGAGCAGUCUCCCGUUGGGAGGGCAUGAGAGUUUCGCUCAUUAACUUCGUAGCGUCGCUCUGUGGCGCGGGCGGAAUUCAAGCCUUCAAAACAAUGCGGACCCUAAGGGCCCUAAGGCCACUCAGGGCGAUGUCUAGAAUGCAGGGGAUGCGGGUGGUGGUUAACGCGUUGGUCCAGGCUAUCCCGUCCAUCUUCAACGUAUUGCUUGUAUGUUUAAUAUUCUGGCUUAUUUUCGCCAUCAUGGGAGUUCAAUUAUUCGCCGGAAAAUACUUCAAAUGUGUUGACAUGAACAAGACUACAUUAAGUCAUGAAAUAAUACCAGAUCGUAAUGCCUGCAAAGCUGAAAAUUAUACAUGGGAAAAUUCGCCAAUGAAUUUCGAUCACGUUGGAAAAGCUUACUUGUGUCUAUUCCAAGUGGCCACUUUCAAAGGUUGGAUUCAAAUAAUGAACGACGCCAUCGACUCUCGAGAAAUUAACAAACAACCAAUUCGUGAGACAAAUAUAUACAUGUAUCUAUACUUUGUAUUCUUCAUAAUAUUUGGAUCAUUUUUUACCCUCAACCUGUUUAUCGGAGUUAUCAUUGACAACUUCAACGAGCAGAAGAAGAAAGCCGGUGGCUCGCUCGAGAUGUUCAUGACUGAGGAUCAGAAGAAGUAUUACAACGCGAUGAAGAAAAUGGGGAGUAAGAAACCACUGAAAGCCAUUCCACGACCAAGGUGGAGGCCACAAGCAAUUGUGUUUGAAAUAGUGACAGACAAAAAGUUCGAUAUGAUAAUUAUGUUGUUCAUCGGUCUGAACAUGUUAACGAUGACACUCGAUCAUUACCAACAGACUGCAACAUUCAGCAAUGUGCUUGAUUACUUAAACAUGAUAUUCAUUGUGAUAUUCAGUAGCGAGUGUCUGAUGAAGAUUUUUGCUCUACGUUAUCACUACUUCAAGGAGCCAUGGAAUCUCUUUGAUUUUGUUGUUGUUAUAUUAUCAAUAUUAGGUUUGGUCCUGAGUGACAUUAUUGAGAAGUACUUCGUCUCACCUACGUUACUUCGAGUGGUGAGAGUCGCGAAAGUCGGACGAGUACUGCGUCUAGUAAAGGGUGCCAAGGGUAUAAGAACGCUGUUGUUUGCCCUGGCCAUGUCAUUGCCGGCGCUCUUCAACAUCUGUCUGCUGUUGUUCUUGGUGAUGUUUAUCUUCGCCAUAUUCGGCAUGUCCUUCUUCAUGCACGUGAAAGACAAGAGUGGCCUGGAUGAUGUCUACAACUUCAAGACUUUUGGACAAUCAAUGAUUCUGCUGUUCCAGAUGUCAACGUCCGCGGGUUGGGACGGCGUGCUCGAUGGUAUAAUAAACGAGGAGGACUGCCAGGAGCCUAACAAUGAAAUAGGAUAUCCUGGUAAUUGUGGCUCGUCGACUAUUGGAAUUGCAUACCUGCUAUCGUACCUCGUCAUCAGCUUCCUAAUCGUCAUCAACAUGUACAUCGCGGUGAUAUUAGAAAAUUACUCACAAGCGACAGAAGAUGUGCAGGAGGGAUUGACCGAUGAUGACUACGAUAUGUACUAUGAAAUUUGGCAGCAAUUCGACCCGGACGGUACGCAGUACAUACGAUAUGACCAGCUCUCUGACUUCUUGGAUGUACUGGAGCCCCCUUUGCAAAUACAUAAGCCGAAUAAGUACAAGAUCGUGUCGAUGGAUAUUCCCAUAUGUAAGGGUGACCUUAUGUUUUGCGUGGAUAUCCUCGAUGCACUCACAAAAGACUUCUUCGCAAGAAAGGGUAAUCCCAUUGAAGAAACAGCAGAGCUGGGAGAAGUACAAGCCAGACCUGAUGAGGUUGGCUAUGAGCCGGUCUCGUCGACACUGUGGCGUCAGAGAGAGGAGUAUUGCGCCAGGUUGAUACAAAAUGCCUGGCGCAAACACAAACAACAACGACUGGGAGGUCCCAGUGAGGAGAGCGACGACCCAGACAUGGACCCGCGGGUAAGACAAACCGCGGUCCUCGUUGAGAGCGAUGGAUUCGUCACGAAAAAUGGCCACCGUGUGGUCAUCCACAGCCGAUCCCCAAGUGUCACAUCGCGAACAGCGGAUGUCUGAU